AUGGCAACUGAGCGUCUUAGUUAUGUACCAGACGGUAGAGGAGGGUUCGUUCGAUAUUCAUAUGCACGACGAGCACCAUCAUCCAAUCGAUUGGUUGAGCUCGGAAGAUUACUCUACAACUUAAUUCGAGGAAUUCUACAAUUCUUCAAUCUUUUACAUUAUUCUCUAACAACAUUUAACAAUAUGGUGCAAUCAUUACCUUUUUGUAUACGAUAUUUUGUUCAAAUUGUGUUAGCAUUCUGUUUUCCAUUUUAUGCGGCUUAUCAAGCUUUUGUAUUAAUGAUUAAUCGAAUUUAUCGCGUCACGUAUUCAGUUUCUCGCAUUUUCACAUGGAUUACACGUUUAUUUACAUUUGUUAUUACAUUACCGCUACGUAUUUUUACAUUUCUACGUAUUCUGGCAGAUGAUCUCUUAAAGAAUUUACUGAAACUAGCUAUUGUGAUUGCUUUCAUUGUUGGAAUUUUGGCAGUUGUCUUAGAUGAGCGGCAAUUAAAUCUGAUCAAAGCCUACGCUCGCAAUGCAACAAACAUGUUAUUGAAAUCAAGUUCAACAGUUUAA